ACUUGUUCAGUAAACUUGUGCCAAUCGAUCGCUGCUUCAAACAUGAACAACAAAAUCUGUUUAAUAUUUGCGCUCACCCUUUGCUUCAUUGCUUUUAUAUCAGCCAAACCGCAGACAGUACUUGAGAUGAAUGAAGACGGUUCCUGUGGCGAGAAUCAGGUGUUCCGAGGUUGUGGUAGUGCUUGUACACCCAAGUGCAGUAAUCGUGAUGAGGUAAUUUACUGCACCCAACAAUGUCUCGCUAGAUGCGAAUGCAAGGACGAUUAUCUGGUGAACUUAGCUGGAAAGUGCGUCGCACCGAAGGACUGUUAGAUGAGGACCAAAGUGUCUAAAGGGAUUACUUACAAAGGAGCAAAGAAGUUAACAGUUAAAGUAAUGGGACUAAGCAAUAUAAUUGU